AUGGUGCAUCGAGUCCUUUUCUGGGGAGGCUUCGGCGUUGCCGUCCGCUUCUGGCAGCUCGGUCUCGAAAUGCGACCCUUUUUCAACAGGGGCUCUCUAUGGGCGUACCCCGUGUUUGCGGGAGUCGGCGCAAGCUUCGGAUAUUGGUUACAGGGCGUCGACGAGAGGCAGUCGGCUAUCUUGGAGGAGCGCAAACGGUCUAUUCUGGAAAAGAGAGCGAGGAAGGCGGCGAGGGAUGCGGAGAAGGCGGGCGCAUCCGCGUGA